AUGGCCACUAGGGCACCUCUGACUGAUUUCUUUUUUAUUUUUGUUUCUUUGGGUGUAAUUUGUCAGACGGGAACGAUAGAAGAGAAGAUUUUCCAGCGUCAGGUCCACAAGAAGGCUCUGUCCAGCUGUGUAGUGGAUUAUGAGGAGGACGUGGAAAGGCACUUCUCCCUGGAUCAGCUACGAGACCUCUUUCCUCUCAAUGAGUCCACCAUCAGUGAUACGCAUGACAAGAUUAAAUGCCGUCGCUGUGUCAACAACAUCCAGGCACGCCCGCCUCCAGCGGACACGGACUGCAACAGCGACCUGGCCCACUGGAACCACUGCGCCGGCAAGCGGGGAAUCCCAGACGCGGUCCUGAAGCAGGCGCUUGAAACCAACCGAGUCACGUUUGUCUUCCAUCACUGAUCGCAUGAAC